CCGGCCCACAGCCCCGCACUCCUCCCUCAUCCGCAUCUCUCUCCCGCACUCCUCCCUCGUCCCAUCUCGCCGCCGCCACCAAUAGCGCCCAAUCCCAGCGAACUCCGGCGGGAAUCGACGGCACCCAUCACACCAACGUGACCCCGACGCUUCGCUCUUCCAUCCUGUCCGGUGAGAUUCGGCGCACGCAUCCUCCAGCGUCCAAGCGCGGCCGUCUCCCGUCAUUAGGGUUUCGUUCGUCGAUGGAUCCAGCGCUGGCCGGCGACGAGGGCCGCCAGAUCCGCGACCUGGGAGGCUCCUCCUGUAGGAUAUGGGAGGCUCCUCCUGUAGGAUACGGGAGCAGCGCACCGCACCCUGCAGUCGCCGGUUCGGGACGAGCACAGCGGCUCGAGGACGCCGGCGACAAACGCCGGCGCUCCUCUGCUCCAUCCACCUGGACGGCUGCUACUCCGCCAAAGACGUCACCUACAGGUGCUCUGCUCUUGCGCAUGUAUGGUGGCGUCUCCGGCGUAGCGAUGCUUCUUGAGGUGACUGGCGUGACGGCGGCUGUGUAUGGCAGUGACCACAAGCUCUUCGGAUGAUGGUCUUGCGGCACAUGGCGCCGGAGCUGAGCCUGGGCAUGAGGAGCGAUCGCUACGUGCGGGUCCUCGACCUGCUUGGCCUCAACCUGCAGACCUUCGCCAAGGUUCACCUCAAGUCCCACACUAUGGAUGAAAUUAGGGAGGUAAUAUUUGUUCAUGACCCAUCUUCCUGCUGAACAGUAGAUGAUCUUACUAAGCACCUAGCCAUCUUGCCUGGUAUGCUUGUAUCUGCUACAUGUUGUUUUCAUCUUGAUAGCUAGCAGCCUAGCAUCAUGAACUUUGAUUGUGAAAUCUCUAUAUGCUGUAAAAUUAAUUGUGCCAGUCUCGAAAUUGUUGUGAAUUGUAAGAUGCUUCGAGUAAAUGUUUUUUUUGCCUUCUCGCGUGUAGGCGGUCAGGCGAGACAGCAAGCAGCUCUGUUUCUUGUUAUCUGCUCUGCUUUCAACUGAACUCGUUUCAGUUAGCAAGUCGAUACUGCAGAAUUUGAGACUGGAUACUGAAUUUGAGAGUAUGGGUGCUUGUAAUGAGGUUACUGCAAUAAUGUAUCCAGAGUAGAAUUGUAUUGUACCUGCUAUUUAUAGAUUAAUUGUUCAUGUAUGCUUCAUUUGAAAAUAAACAUGUUGUCACAUGUUCAAACAGUAUUGGGAGUUCUGGGACUAUUAUAUGGUGUUAUGGAUAUACUUUGUGAUUCGAGUUACUGAUAUGUGGUCUAGUCUCAGUGGGAAAGAUGCAACUAUUGUGAUCUAAUACUUCUUGUUUUGACUCCUCCAAUGGCAGGUGUAACUGUUACGAGCAAAGAACCUGUGAGCAGAGCUGAAGUAUAUAAUUCUUUUGUGUCGCUGUUUCGUGUGUCAAGUCGAAUGCUACUCUUAUUAUUAUUAUAGAGUGUCCUGAUGCAAGUUUCUGAAUUAUGCCUCUUGAACUUGCGAGUUGGGAUAUCUUGCAAACGUUUUAACUUUUAAACUCGAAACUGUUCCCUUUUUUUGUUUGAUUCAAGCUUACUCUCGUUAUAAUGUAUUGUGUAGUUGUUGUUUCAAACUGUUUUGCUACAAGUACCAUAAUUUGCAUUGAAGAUAUUGUAUUCUGUUGCUGUAUCAUUGUUUAAUAAAACCACAACAUGAUGCUCACAUGAGACAUC